AUUGACAGCUACAGACAGCACCGCGCAUCCUAAUAAAGCCAAAGAACGAGUCACUCCAUUAUGAUUCCGAUGAAGAUCGUUUCAUUACGGUUCAAAUGAGAGUCAACGGAUGAUCCUGCAGACUUCGGCGGGACUGUGCGCUGCUGACUGAUUUCUCGGAGCUGGUUGUGGUCAGUGUCCAGAUGUCUCUGGCUCAGAGGGUUCUGCUGACCUGGAUCUUCUCGCUCCUCUUCCUCAUCCUGCUGGUGCUGAAGCUGGACGGAAAGGUCAAGUGGAGCUGGUUCCUGGUCUUCCUGCCCGUCUGGGUGUUUGACAGCAUCCUGCUGCUGAUGCUGGGUGUGAAGGUGGCGGGCCGCUGUCGGGCGGGUUACGAGCCGCGGCUGAAGCUCUGGUAUCUGCUGGCUCUGAUGAUGAAGGUGGGCUUCUGUGUGACUCUGUGUGCGCGGCUGGAGCAGCUGACCAACCUACGACUGCUGAUCAUCUGUGUGCCCUUCUGGACACUGCUGACCGGAGCCCUGAUCCAGCUGGGAUACAACAUCCUGCCCCAGCGCACAGACUGACACACACACACACACGAAAUGAUCUCUAACAUCUGUACGUGAACAGAAAUGUUUCUACAGAGAUCAAACAUUAUGGUGUUUCUGUUCUUUUUUUUUAAAGAGAAAUUUGUCUCAAUUUUGUACAUUUCAAGUUUGGUAAUAUGUGGUUUUAUUCGUGUGAUUGAUUUGUAAAUAUAUUUCCAUGUGCUGAUGCUGUAAUGAACAUGUAGUUUUUC